AUGUUUUCUAAUAAAGUUUCUGCGAUCUCUCAUUCACAAUCUGAUCAGCCUAAUCCGCCACAAACAAAUAAUAGCCAAUCAGAAAUACGUUGUGAAUACUGUCGACGAAAAUGGAAGAAGAUUCUGUUGACGAGUCUGACAACAGCACUAAUGAUCACCAUAUGCGUUAUCGUUUCAAUAAUUAUGGCAAAGAAACAUUCAGAUCUAUUGGUUACUGUACCAAGACGGAGAACAACGACAAGUGUUACGACAACAAGUGUUACGACAACAACCGCUACAACCACUACAACCAUGUUCACGAAAGGAUGGACAACGGCAGCAAAACUAAACAUCAAUCGGGAUUGCCAUACUGCAACUGUAUUGCAAAAUGGAAAGGUAUUGGUCACUGGUGGAUAUAAUUACGAAGGAGUUCUUCGUGAAUGUGAACUAUAUGAUCCAUCGAGAGAUCAAUGGACACUCGUUGCAAACAUGUCUGUCGCAAGGGAAUAUCAUACCGCAUCUUUGUUAACUAAUGGCUUAGUCCUAGUGACUGGUGGUGAAGAUUCUGAUGGAGAGGUUUCGACUGCUGAACUGUAUGAUGCAUCAGUGAAUACGUGGACGAACACACGAAGCAUGAGUCAUCACCGAUCUGGACACACAGCCACUGUGCUGCAGAGCGGAAAAGUGCUCGUUGCAGGUGGCAGGAACGAAGAAGGGCGAAAUCUGGAUACCGCUGAACUAUACGAUCCUCAGACAGGCGCUUGGACAGCUACUCAAAACAUGAACUGCAGUCAUGCAUAUCAUCAAGCAUCGUUGCUAACAAAUGGAAAAGUACUAAUCACUGGUGGACUCGGUUUUUGCUCCAUAGGUAUAUCCUCAAAGACGAGUGAGUUGUAUGAUCCGAAAGCAGAUGCAUGGAUCAGAAUAAAUGACAUGAACAUUGAUCGCUAUGAGCAUACAGCAACUGUGCUUCAAGAUGGAAGAGUGCUGGUAACUGGUGGACGUGGUCUAGCCGGAGGGAUGCGGAACUCUACUGAAUUGUUCGACCCAUUGACGAAUCAAUGGAACACAACGCGUAGUAUGAACACCCCACGCUAUGGUCAUUCGGCGACUUUGUUACCAAACGGAAAAGUCUUAGUCGUUGGAGGACUCCCGCGUCACUCUUUAGACAGUGUUGAACUGUACGAUCCAUCUACCGGCGCUUCGGCGAUCACUGGCAACAUGAAAAAACGUCGCUCUUCUCAUACAGCAUCCUUACUGACUAGUGGAGAAGUCUUGGUUGUUGGCGGAUCUAUCAGUUCUCGUGAUGGAAUUACAGAAAUAUACUAG